AUGGCUGACAGGAUAAGUGCGUUACCCGAUGAUAUCAUCUCCAACAUACUAUCUUUCUUAUCCACGAGAGAAGCUGCGUCCACUAGUGUUCUUUCACCCCGAUGGUUGAAUUUAUGGAAGCACACUCCCAAUCUCGACUUAUUCGAUAUCAAUAGUAUUGGCCACAAAAGCAUGAAGACCUCUGAAAUCGAGCACGACUCAUGGGAUGCGAAGACAUGCAAGCACAUCAAAGCAGUCAACUCGGCUCUCGAAUCGCAUCAAGCCCCCUUUCUGAAACAGUUCAGAAUCUGUUUUUACAUAAACAAGUCAGCAAAAAACGCAGUCACCAAAUGGCUUGAAUUUGUGGGAUCGAGACGAGUUGAGAGAUUGGAGUUAGACUUCCUUUGCCUAAGCGCAAAACAUAGAGUUGUGUUACGAGAUUUGAGACCUAUGAAAUGCCUCAAGACUUUGUGUCUCAAACGUCUGCAAAUGAGCGGUGAAGACAUCUCCUUGUUCCUUAGAAAUUGUCCUUUAUUGAGGAAACUGUGUGUCAUAGACUCAUCUUUGACGUCUGAUGUUCAUGUCAGCGGCGCAACCCUCGCGUUAAAUCAUCUUGAUUUAAGAAGAUGCAACGAUCGGGAUUUCGGUAUUACCAUUUCUGCCCCAAAUCUUUCUGUAGUUAGUCUUGAUGCAACACCAGGGAAGAAGCUGCGGUUCGAGAAUGUUCCAAAGCUUGUUGUUGCAAAAUUUAGAAUCACAACUCCAAGCUAUACUAAGGACCACUUUUGUUCUGCAAUAUCUUGCUUAACUUCCCAACUCCAGAAACUUGCCUUAUCCAUCUUUUGCUAUAAGAAGGUUUUGAGGAAAGGGUUUCCUCAACUAUCUAAUCUCAAGACACUGGUAAUUGAAGAUAAGUCUUAUAAGUACAAGGAUGGUCACACCUUUCUUUUGGGAACAACUCGUGUAAUAUCAGCAUGUCCUCGUCUUCAGAAGUUCAUUUUGUGUGAUAAGGGAGUUGUUGAUCGGAUAAGCGAGUUACCCGACGACAUCAUCUUCAUCGUAUUGUUUUACCUAUCGAUGCGAGAUGUUGCGGCCACUAGCCUUCUUUCUCACCGAUGGUCGGAUUUGUGGAAGCACACUUCUCGUCUCAGAUUCACUAGUUGUAUUGACAACGCAAAAAUCGAGCACACUUCAUGGGAAGCGGAGACGUGCAAAAAUGUCAAAAUGGUAAAUUCGGUUCUGAAAUCGCAUCAAGCCACUUUCGUGAAACGGUUCAAAAUCUGUUUUUACGUAAACAAGUCAGCACAAAGCACAUUCACCAAAUGGCUCGAAUUUGUGUGGUCGAGACAAGUUAAGAAGUUGGAUUUAGACUUGUGUUGUUGGAGUAAAGAGCAUGCAGUUGUGUUGGGAGAUUCGGUGGGAGGGAUGAGACCGAUGAAAUAUCUCGAAACGUUGUCACUGAGUAGUCUGACAAUAAGUGGUGAAGACAUCUCCUUGUUCUUAAAAAACUGCCCUGUUUUGAGGAAAUUACGAAUCACAAAAUCCUCGUUGACGUCGGAUGUUCAUGUCGUCGGUACAACCCUCAUGUUGGAGGAGUUCCAAAUAAGUCUAUGCGACAUUAACGAAUCCGUUAUCAACAUUUCUGCUCCAAAUCUCUCUAUAGUUAUUGUUGAUGCAAGACCGGAGCAACUAUGGUUCGAGAAUGUUCCAAGACUUAUUGUGAAGCUUUUGAGGAAAGGCUUCACUCAGAUGCCUAAUCUCAAAGUGUUGAUCAUUACACAGAGCUCACCAUAUGAGCACGGAUGUUUCUUGCCGAUAACAUCUGUAAUAUCAGCAUGUCCUCGUCUUCAAAGAUUCACGAUUGAGUUUCUGUACUUUGUUGACGAUGCACCACGAGAAACAUGUCCACACCAACAUCUCAAAACCGUGAAGUUUCAAGGGUCUUGUGCGACCGAUAUCAUCAAAUCAAUGACAUAUUUUUCAGAUAGUUGCGAUGAAUUUCAAAAAACAAAUACUUGUGCUCCGGUUAUGAGUGAGGCUGUGGUACAAGCUCAUAGGGACCACCUGGAACAGCUUCAAGUUCAGUUAUCUCAUCAAGUUCAACUCAAGUUUUUCAAGUGUAAACAAUACUAA